AUGUCAGUUCAUAGAGAUAAAAUAGAUGUUUCAAAAUUACCGCAUACUUAUGAUGGUGAAGUUACAUUAGCAGUUAUUGGAGGUACAGGAUUAUAUGAUUUACCAAAUUUACAUCCAGUUGCAAGAUUAACAAUUUCAACUCCAUGGGGUUUUCCUUCAGGUCCAAUUACAAUUUCAAAAACUGAUCUGGGUUUUCCAGUUGCAUUUUUAGCAAGACAUGGUCAACAUCAUGAUUUAUUACCUAGUGAUGUACCAUCAAGAGCUAAUAUUGCAGCAUUAAAGAAAUUAGGAGUUAAAGCUAUAAUUGCAUUUUCUGCAGUUGGAUCAUUACAACAAGAAAUUAAACCAAGAGAUUUUGUAUUACCUACACAAAUUAUUGAUAGAACAAAGGGUAUAAGACCUUCAACUUUUUUUGAAAAGGGAUUUGUUGCACAUGCAAUGUUUGGAGAACCAUUUGAUUUAAAAUUAAAUAAAUUAAUUGCUAAUUCAGUUCCAAGUUCAGGAUUUUUAGAAGGUUUUGAUAAACAAGAAAUUGAACCAAAAUUACAUACAAAAGAACAUACAAAUAAUGGAGAAGAUUUAACAGUUAUAUGUAUGGAAGGUCCACAAUUUUCAACUCGUGCAGAAUCCAAAAUGUAUAGAUCAUGGGGUGGAUCAGUUAUUAAUAUGUCAGUAUUACCAGAAGCAAAAUUAGCAAGAGAAGCUGAAAUAUCUUAUCAAAUGAUUUGUAUGUCAACAGAUUAUGAUUCUUGGAAUGAAAGUGAAGAUCCAGUUACUGUUGAAACUGUUGUUGGUAAUUUAAAAGCAAAUUCUUCAAAUGCUUGUAAAUUAGCUGCUCAUUUAAUUGAUGAAUUUGCUGAAAAUGGUAAAGAUAUUGGUGAUGAUUUGAAAGGGUCAAUGAAAUUUGCUGUUAGUACUAGUCCAAAUGGUGUUAAAAAGGAAUUGUUAGAAAAGAUGCAUUAUUUAUUCCCUGGUUAUUGGGAAAUUUAG